AUGCCACCUAAAAAAUCGAACAUUAAAACGGCGAAAAAUACCGAAAAAAGCGUUGCCAAUGAUAAAAAAUCUUUAACCAAGAAAAAAUCCGACAUAUCGUCCGUAACUUUAGUUAAUUUUAACGAUUAUAUUCCUAUAAAACUUUCAAAAAAGGCUACAUCAUACAUACUUGUGAUUGUUGAGUCCCCAGGCAAGAUCAAAAAACUAGAGUCAAUUUUAGGUCCUGGAUACGUUGUGACUUCGUCGUUUGGGCAUAUUAUGGAUCUUCAUCCUAAAAAAUUGAGUAUUGAUUUGGAUAAUAAUUUUAUGCCUGAAUACCAUAUUGUCACGGGGACUAAAAAGUUCCAAGACAAAAUCAAUGUUGUUAAAGAAUUAAAAGAAAAAGUUUCAAAAGCAUCUAAAGUAAUUAUUGCUGCUGAUCAUGAUCGCGAAGGUGAAAUGAUUGGUUGGAGUUACAAAGUUGCCCUAAGGCUCGGCGACGACGACUAUGAGAGAAUCACUUUUAAUUCAAUUACAAAAGAGGAGGUGAAGAAAGCUAUUGCAAACCCCAGAAAACUUGAUAUGUUGAUGGUUGACUCACAAAAGACUAGACGUAUCUUAGAUAGAAUUGUUGGUUUUAGGAUUAGCCCCGGACUUAAUCAAGUAAUAGGCAUGAGAAAUCUGUCGGCAGGCAGAGUUCAGAGCAUUGUAACAAAGCUAAUAUGUGAGAAAGAACAAGAGAUUAAUAAGUUCUUUGAAGGCACCAAUUCCUCAUUUUUUAAAGCAAUUAGUGAUAUGAACACUGAAAAUCAUGCCAUUAAUAUGAAAUGCGAACUCUAUACGGAUCUCCCUCAAUGUAUUGAGGACAUCGAGGACGUCGAGGACAUCGAGGACGUCGAGGACAUCGAGGACGUUGAGGACAUUGAUGAGGACACGGACAAUGACGAAAAAAGCGAAAAAACAACAAAAAUGAAAAGAGCCGUAAUUAAGUCACUUAAAAAUGCGGAAAAACUAAUGAAAAACUUCACAUUAUCGACAUUUAAAGUUACUAAUAUUUAUGUAAGAGAAUCAAAACGUUUUCCACCUGCCCCAUUUACUACUUCGACAGCCCAGCAAGACAUGUCAACAAAAUUGGGAUUUAAUGUUAAAAGGACAAUGACGUCUUUACAAAAACUAUAUGAAGCCGGAUACACAACUUAUCUUCGGACGGACUCAACGAAUUUGUCAAAAGACGCCCUUCAACAAUGUGAAAAAUACAUUAAAGAAAAUUACGGGGAAAAAUAUUAUAAUCUAAAAAACUAUAUGAAUAAAAAAGGAAAUACACAGGAAGCCCACGAGGCUAUUCGGCCUGUCGAUAUUACAAAAAAAGAAAUUAAGACCAGUGGAAAGAUCGGGCCUGAUGAACAACGUGUAUAUCAAUUAGUUUGGAAAAGGACUGUUGCAUCGCAAAUGGCCCCUGCCAAUAUUAAUGUGCAUUAUGUCGAGAUAGGAAUAUCGAAAGAAAAAAAUUAUGUUUUUAAAGCAAUAAUUGACGACAUAAUAUUUCCGGGAUUUCUGACAGUAUAUGACAUUAAUGUUAAAAAACCCAAUGACAAAAAAUCCAAAAUUCCUAAAAAAGGACAGACUGUUUUGGCCAAAGAAAUAAAGUUUUCAGAGGAAUACAAAAAACCACCACCCAGGUACUCGGAAGCGGGACUUGUUAAAAAAAUGGAUCCCAAAAAUUUAAACAUUGGGAGACCGGCAACUUAUGCCGAAAUAAUCAACACCGUGCAAAAAAGAAACUAUGUUGAAAUUAAAGAUAUUGACGGCAUUAAAAAAAAUUCCACAAUUUUAACAUGGAGCCCCGAAGAUAAAAAUGGUGUUGUCAUAGACAAAAAAACAAUUUAUAUUGGAAAUGAAAAGAAAAAAUUUGUACCGACACAAUUAGGUAUCGAAGUUAAUGCAAUACUUAUAAGAAAUUUCCCGGAAAUAAUGGAGUAUCAGUUUACUGCAAAUAUGGAAAAAGAACUUGAUGAAAUUGCGGACGGUGGUAAAAAAUGGAUUGACUGUCUUGAAACAUUUUGGAAGAAGCUUAAACCGUUAGUAGAAAAACUCGACACAGAAAAAAAAGCGGUAAAAAUAUUGGGCAAAAAUCCCAAAACCGGUUACGACAUUAUCGCAUCAUUGGGUUAUCAUGGGCCGAUUUUAACAAUGCCAAGAUCGGAAAAAAAAUCUGAAAAUGCAAUUGCCCCGAUCAAACUUCCACUAACAAUCGACAACAUAACUCUUGACCAGGCCUUACAAAUUCUUAAGUACCCAAAGAUUUUAGGAAAGAAAGACGGGAAAAACAUAGAACUUAAAACCGGAAGACACGGUUUUUAUGUAACGUGUGGUAAUGAAGGGGUAAAUAUCCCAAUUGAUGUCAAUCCAGACAAUGUCACGCUUGAAAACGCCAUAAUGUAUUUGACCAACAAACAAAAACAGAUUGACGAAAUAAAAGGCAAAUAUCUUUAUUAUCAUAAAGAAGGAACAAUUGAAUAUAUUGUUAAUCCGGGCAAGUUUGGCGAAAAUAAUCGAUAUCUCAUGAUAAAAAACACAUCAAAAAAGACAAAUAAGCCUAUAUUUCUAAGUUUUCCGCCUGACGAGGAUAUUUAA